AUGAUUAGAAUUGGGAGGAAGAGACUUUGGGCAUCUUUCUUCUGCUUUACGGCCUUCUUUUUUCUUCUUCUUACACUCCAGGUGGUUCUUGAACUGGGCAAGUCUGAAAGGAAGAUAAAAGUCUCCAGUUUACAAGAUGGUUCAUUAAAACUGGAGGAGCAGCAGAAACAUGCAUAUCAGUUUUUUAAUAAACAGGAACUCUACAGCAAUACCAGGAGAGUUUUAGAUGCGGACAGAUACCCUAUCCUGCUUUGGUGGUCCCCGCUGACUGGUGAGACUGGGAGGUUAGGUCAGUGUGGACAGGAUGUCUGUUUCUUUACUAUCAAGAGGACCUACCAGCAUAAUCACAUGACAAAAGCCUUCCUCUUCUAUGGUACUGACUUUAAUAUAGAUAGCUUACCCCUCCCUCGUAAACGCCAUCACGACUGGGCCCUUUUCCAUGAAGAGUCGCCCAAAAACAACUACAAGCUCUUCCACAAACCUACCAUCACCUUGUUCAACCAUACAGCUACCUUCAGUCGCCACUCCCAUCUGCCACUGACUACUCAGUAUCUGGAGGGCAUAGAGGUCAUAAAGUCUGUGAGAUACAUGGUUCCGUUGCAAAAGAAGAAUAGCUUGAGAAAAGGACUUGCACCGCUUGUGUAUGUGCAGUCCGAUUGCGACCCUCCUUCAGACCGGGACAGCUACGUGCGUGAGCUGAUGAGCUACAUCCAGGUGGACGCCUAUGGUGAAUGCUUGCAUAACAGAGACCUUCCCCAGCACCUCAAAAACCCAGCCUCCAUGGACGAUGGUAACUUCUAUAGAAUACUUGCUCAGUACAAAUUCAUUCUUGCUUUUGAAAACGCAGUUUGCGAGGAUUACAUCACUGAAAAGCUCUGGAGGCCCCUCAAGUUGGGAGUGGUACCAGUGUACUAUGGGUCCCCCAGCAUUACAGACUGGCUUCCUAGCAAUAAGAGUGCAAUCCUUGUAACAAGAUUUUCACAUCCCAGGGAGCUGGCACACUACAUCAAGGCACUGGAUACAAAUGACAAAGAGUACGAGGCCUACCUAGAAUGGAAAGUGAAAGGGGCCAUCUCCAAUCAACGACUGCUCGCUGCUAUCCAAGAACGCAAAUGGGGAGUCCAGGAUAUCACGCAGGACAAUUAUAUUGAUGUGUUUGAGUGCAUGGUGUGUAAUAGGGUGUGGGAAAACAUCAGAAGGCAGGAAAAGGGAUUGCCACCCAGGAGAUGGAACGCACAGGUUAACCACCUGAGUUGCCCGAAACCUGAGGCUUUCUUGUUCUCCUCUCCAAACGUACGCUGGACAUCUCUGCAAGAGAUGUGGAUACCAAGCUUUGAACAAUCCAAGAAAGAAGCCCAAGCACUGAGACAGCUGGUGGAAAGGAAUAUGAACUUUACAGCUCAGGAAUUUUGGACACUUGUAUUCAAAGAAGAAACACGAUAG